ACGACAGACUCAUCAACUUCUACCGAAGCCUGCAUCCUACAAACCGGUCGCUUGUUCCUUCGAAAUCUUCCUUUCUCACUGUUAGAGGAAGACCUCAUGUCAUUGUUUUCAACUUAUGGUGCCGUUUCUCAGGUUCAUAUCCCUCUCAAUCGCGAGCGGAAGCAAAAGGGCGUUGCAUAUGUUUCUUUUGAGCGGUCAUCGGACGCCUUAGAGGCCUUCAAACAACUGGAUCAGCGUGAUUUCCAGGGUCGAUUACUCCAUAUCUUGCCUGCCGUCACUCGCAAUGCUCGCCCUGAAAACGAAUCUGGACGAGCAGGCAAGAAUGUUGUUAAGCAAGAACAAGAUUUGAAGCGAAAGCUUGUAAGUAGCAAGCAAUUCAAUUGGGCGAGUUUAUACAUGAACUCCGAUGCUGUCGCUGCAUCCGUUGCCGACCGGCUCAAGAUUUCCAAGUCUGAGCUUUACGAUCCCGAUUCUCAAAACCCGUCGAUCAAGUUAGCGCUUGCUGAAACUCAUGUUAUCACCGAGACGAAGGAGUAUUUUGAAGAGCAGGGAAUCAACACUGAGGCGUUUAGUCAGAUCAAAAACGGUCGAUCUUCUACUACGCUGCUUGUCAAGAACAUUCCAUACGGUACGACAUCACAAGUGUUGCGCAGUAUGUUUACACCACAUGGGGAAGUCUCUAGGAUUCUCAUACCUCCUUCCGGUACAAUCGCCUUAGUUGAAAUGCACAAUGCCGAAGACACCAAGAGUGCCUUUAAGUCGUUGGCAUACAAACGUGUUGGCAAUUCAGUUCUUUACUUGGAGAGAGCACCGGAUGGGAUUUGGAAACCCAAUGCUCCCAAACCUUCAGCUACCGCUUUCGAUGGUAUCAUCUCUUCCGUUCCACCUGCUCAGCCUAAAGUUUCCAUCGAUGAAGGAGAACCAGGUUCAACCCUCUUUGUCAAGAACAUUUCAUAUUCAACUACUUCCGAAGGUUUCUCUUCUUCUUUUUCUACUUUCCCCGACUUUCUCUUCGCACGUCUCCAAACCAAACCAGAUCCCAAGAAUCCCAAGAAUCGACUCAGUAUGGGAUUUGGAUUUGUUGGUUUCAAAACAGUAUCUGCAGCUCAACAUGUUAUCAAAGCUGCGCAAGGUUAUCGACUUGAUGCCCAUGCACUUGAAAUUAAAUUUGCUAACCGUGGAAAAGAAGAAGAAGAGAAAGAUAGUAGAAAUGGAGGAAUAAUUACUAAAGAAUCAAAUGAUGGGAUCAGUUCAACCAAAUUAUUAGUCAAGAAUGUACCAUUUGAAACGAGUAAACAAGAACUACGUGAGUUAUUUGGAUCGUUUGGAAAACUUAAAUCAGUUAGAUUACCUAAAAAAUUAGAUAGAAAAACAAGAGGGUUUGGAUUUAUUGAGUAUACAACUAAAAAAGAAGCAGAAGAAGCUAUGAAGUCUUUGAAACAUACUCAUCUUUUAGGACGUCAUCUUGUGAUUUCUUAUGCAAAUGAUAAAGAUGAAGAUAUUGAACAAUUAAGGGCCAAGAGUGGCGGU